CCAAAUGCCUUUCCACCAAACCUUUUCUGAGAGAAAAUCAGAGAGAGAGGGAAAAACGACGGACCGAAAGUACAAUUCUGACCCUCCCCCAUGGCCGUCUCCUCCACCUUCGCUAGGGUUUUCCCCUCGCCGUUCGAGUGCCGCUCAGAUCCCGAUUUCUCGGGAGCCCCCCGGCCGGAAAAUGCGAGCUCCGGCCGCAAGAUCGGUGCCGGCGGAGUGAGAUCCUACGGCGGAGGUGGCAUGUCUUCUUCUCUGAUUUUGAGGUUUCCUCCCAACUUCGUGCGGCAGCUGAGCACGAAGGCGAGGAGGAACUGCAGCAACAUCGGCGUCGCGCAGGUCGUUGCGGCUUCGUGGUCGAACAACCCGGCUGCUGCGGCGGCGCCGGCGGCGAAAGCCGUCGACGCUGCUUCGGCUGCCCUCGCGCCGGUCGAGGUUGCGACCGGUGUCGAGGAGGGGGUCCUCGUUGAGGAGAGUUGUUGUAAUGGUGUAAAAAAGAUUGAGAGUUUGAGCGAUGAGAAACCGUAUUCGUUUUUGAGCUGCGACGGGAGCGUUGCAAUUCAUGCUGGUGAAAGGUUAGGUCGCGGUGUUGUUAGUGAUGCAUUAACUACCCCAAUAUUUAAUACAUCUGCUUAUUUCUUUAAAACAACUGCUGAGCUCAUUGAUUUUAAGGAGAAACGCCGUGCAAGUUUUGAAUAUGGACGUUAUGGAAAUUACACAACGGUGGUUGCGGAGGAGAAGAUAAGUGCACUUGAGGGAGCUGAAUCAACCUUGAUAUUGGCAUCGGGGAUGACUGCAAGUACUGUCAUGUUGUUGGCAUUGGUUCCAGCUGGUGGGCAUAUUGUGACAACCACAGAUUGCUAUAGGAAGACUCGGAUAUUUAUUGAAACCAUCCUUCCCAAGAUGGGGAUCACGGCCACUGUCAUUGACCCUGCUGAUAUUGAAGGCCUUGAAUCUGCACUGAAUAAGAAUAAGGUUACUCUUUUCUUUACGGAGUCUCCAACCAAUCCAUUCCUGAGAUGUGUUGACAUUGAAUUGGUUUCAAAACUUUGCCACGAUAAAGGAGCACUCGUGUGCAUUGAUGGAACUUUUGCAACACCUCUAAACCAGAAGGCCCUUUCCCUUGGGGCUGACAUUGUUCUACACUCUGCAACGAAAUACAUUGGAGGACACAAUGAUGUUAUUGCAGGUUGCAUCAGCGGUUCUGAGAAGUUGAUUUCAGCAGUUCGUAACUUGCAUCAUAUUCUUGGUGGCCUUCUCAACCCGAAUGCCGCGUAUCUGAUCAUCCGAGGCAUGAAGACACUGCAUCUUCGUAUACAGCAGCAAAAUUCAACUGGAUUGAGGAUGGCCGAGAUUUUAGAGGCACAUCCUAAGGUGAUUCGCGUAUAUUAUCCAGGCUUGCCAAGUCAUCCAGAACAUCACCUUGCCAAACGGCAAAUGACUGGUUUUGGUGGUGUCGUCAGUUUUGAGGUUGAUGGAGACUUACUGAAGACUGCCAAGUUUGUCGAUGCGUUGAAAAUCCCAUACAUUGCUCCAUCCUUUGGUGGCUGUGAGAGCAUUGUGGAUCAGCCAGCAAUAAUGUCUUACUGGGACCUCUGCCAAUCUGAUCGGGCCAAGUUUGGGAUCUUGGACAACUUGGUUCGCUUCAGCUUUGGAGUUGAAGACUUUGAAGACUUGAAGGCGGAUGUUCUUCAGGCUCUGGAGACCAUAUAGAGCGAUUAACCUGCACCGUUGCUUUCUCACCUAAUAAUUAUGUCAUGUAGCUGUUUGAUCUUAGCGUUUGAAUGAUAAUUUUGAUUGAGUUUGAUGCGUUUCAAAUGAUAGCACUAGAACUAGAGUGGUAAUUGAAUGCUCUGAACUUAAAUUGAUGAGUGGUUUGGUUUUUAA